GUCCUUGCGCAGGCCGCCUGCCUCCCGCAGUGGGGUCGUCGCGCCUCGGCAGCCUGCGCUCCCGCCCGCGGCAGUGGAGCCCCCUCCUGGCGCCGCCAUGGAGCCCCCCGAACUCCCCGCCGCCGAGCCCUCAGUUCCCCCAGCCGCGGACCUUCCCCCAGCCGCGGACCCGUCCCCAGCUGCAGACCUGGCCCCCGAGCACCCUGGCGCCCCUGGGUGGCGCAGAGGCCUGCGGGGUGUGCUGCCCUCUGACCUGAAGCGGGAGGCGACCGCGCUCGCGGUGCUCGCGGGCCCGGUGUUCCUCGCACAGUUGAUGAUCUUUCUCAUUAGCGUCGUCAGUUCCAUAUUCUGCGGACAUCUGGGCAAAGUCGAGCUGGAUGCUGUUACCCUUGCCACCUCGGUUGUGAACGUUACUGGGAUUUCAGUGGGAACUGGCUUAGCUUCGGCUUGUGACACGCUGAUGUCUCAGUCCUUUGGAGGCAAGAACCUAAAACGUGUGGGGAUCAUCCUUCAGAGAGGAAUCCUCAUCUUGUUGCUGUGUUGCUUCCCCUGCUGGGCCAUCUUCAUCAACACUGAGCGCCUCCUCCUGCUCUUAAAACAGGACCCAGAAGUGUCCAGGAUAGCCCAGGUUUAUGUGAUCAUUUUCAUUCCUGCUCUUCCUGCGGCAUUCCUAUUCCAGCUACAGACAAAAUAUUUACAAAGUCAGGGCAUCAUCAUGCCCCAGGUUAUCACUGGAAUUGCAGCGAAUGUCAUCAAUGUGGGCAUGAAUGCCCUCUUGCUGUACGCCCUGGACCUCGGAGUAGUAGGGUCUGCCUGGGCCAACACUACGUCCCAGUUCUUCCUGUCUGCCCUGCUUUUCCUGUAUGUGUGGUGGAAGAAAAUACACGUCGACACCUGGGGAGGCUGGACUAGGGAGUGCUUCCAGGAGUGGGGCUCCUACAUCCACCUGGCUGUUCCCAGCAUGUUCAUGGUGUGCAUCGAGUGGUGGACCUUUGAAAUCGGGACCUUCCUGGCAGGACUGAUUAGUGUGACAGAGCUUGGAGCCCAGGCUAUCAUUUAUGAACUGGUCUCUGUGGCCUACCUGGUGCCCCUUGGCUUUGGUGUGGCUGCCAGUGUCCGAGUGGGCAAUGCCCUGGGGGCUGGGGAUGCUGAGCAGGCCCGGUGCUCCUGUACCACUGUCCUCCUGUGUGCUAGUGUGUGUGCGCUUGCAGUGGGAAUUCUCCUCACAGCUUUGAAGGAUGUGGUUUCCUACAUAUUCACCAGCGACAAGGACAUUGGUUCCCGUGUGAGCCAAGUGAUGCUGAUUUUUGCUCCUUUGCAUCUCUUUGAUGCGCUGGCAGGGACCUGCGGCGGAGUGCUGAGAGGCACUGGCAAGCAAAAGAUUGGUGCUAUCCUGAACGCCAUCGGUUACUACGUACUUGGCUUUCCCAUUGGAGUGUCUCUGAUGUUUGCUGCUAAGCUCGGAAUAAUAGGUCUCUGGUCUGGACUGACUGUUUGUGUCUUCUUCCAAGCCCUUUUCUAUUUGGUGUGCAUCCUGAGAACAAACUGGAGUAGAGCUGCAGAGCAGGCACAGGUGCGAGCUGGGAUAAAAGGAAAUAAAGACCCCAUCCCGACCCCAGCAGAUUUACCGAACCUGGAGAGAGAAGGACCUGAUGGCGUGGUUUUACCUGACAUUAUCAGACCGCAGAGUCAGACGGCCCAGCUGGUGGCCCUGGAAGAAAACCAGUAUGUGGUUCCUACCAUCGGGGAGAUCCUGACAAUGAGACAGUUGAUUUUGUAUCGCGGAACAGCAGUAGCUCUUGCUCUUGCUAGCCUUGUUGUAGGAAUUUUAGUGAGAGUUUUCAGCAGCCAUAAGUAAACUAGAAAAAACAUCACCAGUCUACAAAUUAGAGAUGAUAAUUUUAUGGUAUAUAUUGGGCAGGAAAUGUGAUCUUGAUACUUAAACGGCGAUUUUAUUGUCAACUGUGGGAGGAAAGGAUAUCAGUGAUGCUUCCUUAGUUAUUCUGAGAAAUUAUCCACUGUACUAGAGAUAAAGAAAGGAGCUAUAGCUGAGAAAGAGCUGUGGCAGAGACAGGAGAGCGUCACACCCGGGCCUCGUAGAUGCCAAGCACGUGCUUUCCAAGGCACAGAGCUGCCCUCAUGCCCCAGGGGGCUAUAAUUUUAAGCAUACUUUUUUGUUACCUUUAUCAUGCUUUCUAAACAUAUGCAUUUGAUAUUCACUACUGUAAGUGUUCUUUACUCUUUCUUUUAUUGAAUAGUUUUCCUUCUUCAGGCUUAUUAAUUUCUUGCCACAUAAAACAUUAUUACUUGUUUGUGUUUCUCUGUUACUAUUCUUUGUCUUGGCAAGGAGUAUACAUGAAGUGCCUAUUAAGUCUUAUGUCAUAUAAAAUUUCUUUAAAAUAAACACUUUAAAAUUUAAAAUGCUGGGCUGGGGAUACAGCUCAGCUGCAUAUGUGCCUUCCUGGCAAGUGCAAGGUCAUGAGCUCAAUUCCUGGUACUAAUCAACAAACAAACAAACAAACAAACAAACAAAAUUUAAACAGCAUUCUGACAGUAUUUGAGACUAUAAUGUCAAUUUUAAAAGAUCACUUACUUUUUUUUUUGUCUUGUAACAAACUUUUGUGUCAACUUUUGCCUUAAUUGGAAAAUAAAUCAGUGUUUCCUGGCCACUCAUCUCCCACAAUACUGACAGCUGUGGGUUUUCCUCUAGGGAAUAGAUUUUUAGAGCCUUUUCUAUAGAAGCUGACAAAAUCAAAAGGGAAAUCCUAAGCAUAUUCUGAAAUUGAGUAACCACACAAAGCCCAGCAGGCAUCUAGAGUGGAGUUUGCAUAUCAAAGUCCACUGUGUGAGUCAGCUAUUGCUGGAACAAAUAUCUGAGAUAAUUUACAUAUACAGAGAAAGGUUUAUCAUGGCUCACAGUUUCCAUGGUUUCAAUCCAUGGUUUCUUGGCCCCAUUGCUUUUGGGCCUGUGGCGAGGCAGUGCAUCAUGGUAGAGUAUGUCGUGGAGCAAAGCUGUUCAUCUUGUAAUUUGGGAACAAAGAGAAGACUGAGGAAGGACUAGGGUCUCACUAUCUCCUUCAAAGGCACACCCUGAAAGACUGAAAACUUCCCACGAGGCCCUACCUCGUGAAAGUUCCACAGUUUCCUAAUAGAGCUACCAGCUGGAGACUAAACCUUUAACACAUCGGGCUUCAGGCAGCACUGUAGGUCUAAACUGUCAUGCCCAGGUGGCCGGCACGUCCUUUGUUUCCCUCUCCUGAAGAUGAACAAGCAAUUUAAGAUUAUCAGCGAUCUCUAAAAAGCUAAUUAUAUGAAAAAGCAGUGAGAAAAAACAGCUUAUUUACAAGAGCAAAUUAUAUAUCCUCAAAGAGGUAAGAUAAAAUAUUACAACCAUCAUGUAGCAUAGGAGACUACAGAAUAACACAUUGAGAGAAAAAUUAAGGUAAAAUUUCUAUGACUUAAAACUAUUUUUCAACUAUGCAGUUCAGCAUCAUUUUAUAUAAUUGCACAACCACCCGUGUGGUUACAAAACAUUUUCAUCAUCCCCAAACAAGUCCCAGACAUGGCAUUCCUCAAACCCCUUUCCCCUCAACUCCUAGAAAGCACUAUGUCUAUGUCUGUGGACUUAUUCUGUGUAUUUUCCUGUUGGAAAAUUUUUUGAGAGUCAUCCAUGUAGUAGCAUAUAUGGGAACUUGUUUCCUUACUUACAGCUAAAUGAUAUUUUGUUGUAUGAUAAACUUCUUUUUGUUCAUGUAUUUAUCCGUUGAUAGAAAUAUACAUCGUUUCCAUCUUUCUGCUCUAGUUUUCAGCUAAGUCUUGAAGUUUUCUUUCCUUUAUGGAUCAUUCAUUGCUAAAGCAUAGAGAUGCUACUGAUUUUGUAUGUGAAUUUGUAGAUUUGUUUAUUAUGUCUGACAGUUUGUAGACUCAGGAGAGUUUUCUACAAAUGUAAUUGCCUGUUUCAAAUUUCCAAUACUAUUUUGGCAAUUGGGCAAGAAAAAGAA